UUGUGCUUGGUUCAAAAAUGGCUACCAACAAUGCAACCGCUGCCCAUGUUUGCCCUGCACCAAUGAAGGCAACGUCCAAUGGAUUUUUCCAGAAUGAAAAUCCACUCGAUUUCUCUCUUCCAUUGCUCAUUGUUCAGAUAAUUUUAGUGGUUGGUUUUACCAGAAUCCUUGCUUUCAUUCUUCGACCUUUAAGGCAACCUAGAGUCAUUGCAGAGAUUAUUGGAGGGAUUUUGCUUGGUCCUUCUGCCUUGGGAAGAAACGAGGUGUUUUUGAACACUAUUUUCCCAAAAAGAGGCAUGACCGUGUUGGACACCCUAGCCAGCAUUGGCCUGCUCUACUUCUUGUUUUUGGUGGGUCUUGAGCUUGACAUUCGAGCAAUUCGUCGCACAGGCAAAAAGGCCUUAGUAAUAGCCGCUGCAGGGAUCACUCUUCCAUUUAUUCUUGGUAUUGGUACAUCAAUUGUUCUCCGUGCUACCAUCAACAAAGGAGUUAGUCAUUUAGCUUUCCUUGUGUUCAUGGGGGUUGCUCUCUCUAUAACGGCCUUUCCUGUCCUUGCUCGUAUUCUCGCCGAGCUCAAACUUCUUACAACCGAUGUUGGCCGCAUAGCAAUGUCUGCUGCAGCUGUCAACGAUGUUGUUGCCUGGAUACUUCUCGCACUUGCAAUUGCACUCACGGGUUCUGACAAUUCUCCCUUCGUCUCUGUAUGGGUGCUGCUUUCUGGAACAGCUUUCAUUUUAUUUGCCAUUUUCGUAUUGAAACCAAUACUUUCAUUGAUGGCUAGGCGUUCUCCUGAGGGUGAACCUGUGAAGGAGCUCUACAUUUGUAUUACACUAUCACUAGUAUUGGCGGCAGGUUUUGUCACGGAUACCAUUGGCAUUCAUGCACUCUUUGGGGCUUUUGUGGUGGGCAUAACAGUACCCAAAGAGGGUCCUUUCGCCGGUGUGUUGAUAGAGAAGAUAGAAGAUCUAGUUUCUGGGCUUUUCUUGCCUCUUUACUUUGCAUCUAGUGGAUUGAAAACCAAUGUUGCAACUAUUAAAGGAGCUCAAUCAUGGGGAUUGCUAGUGCUUGUUAUAUUCAGUGCUUGUUUUGGGAAGAUUGCUGGCACAGUUGGUUUAUCAAUGUUGUUCAAAGUACCUUUCACGGAAGCUCUGACACUUGGAUUCCUUAUGAACACGAAAGGCCUGGUGGAACUCAUUGUCCUGAAUAUAGGCAAGGACCGCAAGGUGCUCAACGACCAAUCUUUUGCUAUCUUAGUUCUAAUGGCAUUAUUUACUACCUUCAUCACAACUCCAAUUGUGAUGGCUAUUUACAAGCCUGCUAGAAAGGGACAGUCUUACAAGCAUCGGAGGAUUCAGCGCAAGGAACUUGAUACAGAGCUCCGAAUCCUGGCUUGUUUCCAUAGUACUCGUAACAUUCCUACUCUGAUCAAUCUGAUAGAGUCAUCUCGAGGGAUUCAGAAAAGGGGACACCUCUGCGUAUAUGCUAUGCAUCUUAUGGAACUCUCGGAACGAUCAUCAGCCAUUUCAAUGAUUCACAAAGCCCGCAAAAAUGGUCUACCCUUUUGGAACAAGAACCGUGAGGGUCAAGAUCAAAUGAUCAUUGCAUUUGAGGCCUAUCAGCAGCUAAGAAGCGUCACCAUCCGCCCAAUGACUGCGAUCUCUGCUUUGAAUAGUAUCCACGAAGAUAUUUGCACGAGUGCAGAUCGAAAGCGAGCUGCCUUUAUUCUAAUGCCAUUCCACAAGCACCAAAGACUAGAUGGAACAAUGGAGUCUUUAGGACACUCAUUCCAUCUAGUCAACCAACGAGUCCUUCGACAUGCCCCUUGCUCUGUCGGAAUUCUUGUAGACCGUGGUCUGGGAGGCACCACCCAAGUUGUUGCUAGUGAAGUGUCCUACUCGGUGGUGGUGCCUUUCUUUGGGGGUAAAGAUGAUCGUGAAGCACUUGCGUUUGGAAUGAGGAUGGCUGAGCACCCUGGAAUCAAGCUCACUGUCCUUAACUUUACACCCAAAGCUGGAAUGUCACUAGAUCCUAAAGCUUAUGCUGGAGCUGAUGAAUCAGACAUGGACAACGAAAUUUUCUCUGAGUUCAUUAAUUUAAGCAAGAGCAAUGAGUCAGUAAGACAUGAACAGAAAACAAUGGAAAGCAAAGAAGACAUAAUUGCUGCUUUGAGAUCAACGAGAAACUCUAGCCUGUUUUUGGUAGGAAGAACGUCUCCAGCAAUGUCAUUGAUGGAGAGGAGUACCGAAUGUCCUGAACUAGGCCAUGUUGGAAGCUAUUUAGCCUCAUCAGAUUUCUCCACAACUUCAUCCAUUUUGGUGGUCCAACAAUAUGAUCCUUCAACAAAUGCCAUGGAAAAACCUCUAAAUGACAGCAGUGAGGUUUAAAAUGCAGCAGAGCCAGUUGCUGUGUGAGGGAUUGAGAGCUCCGUUUUAUUUUAUAGAUCAAUACUAAUAAUAUCUCUUCCUCCGCGAUAGCAAUCACUUUUGGAAAAAUAACAAGGUUACUGAUGAAUGAUAUUACAAUGUAACGAAUGAAGUGUAGCUUCACCCCACUGAUGAAUUCUGAUCUUCUUGUCCGCUCAAAUCUGAAUUGUGCUCCAAUAAUGAAUCAUUCAUAUGCUAAAGGUAAAAAUAGUUGAUUAUUUUAUUAAUUAAAUUUAAAAGAUCAUGAAUUAAAGCG